AUGAGCUGCCUUAUCACCACUGCCAUCAUCACCUCCUCACGUGAGACCAUAAUUAGACCUUUUACCUCUGGGCAGGCUCCUGCGAAUUUGUAGCUCUGCAGCGUUUAAUCUGCAAUCAAACCAGGAAGCUGAAGGAAGUCCGGGUGCAAGACCUGUUAGUCAGCCGCUGGGUCUGAGCUGGAUUGCCCAAAGUGCCUGCCCUUCAGGAGCUCUCUGGCGAAGCAGUUGGAUCGCAAUGAGGCAUGACUGAGUGCCCGGCUAUUUAGAACACAUGACAGGACACCUAGAGUGGCUGCCUAGAUCCCAGCUGUGCCUCACUUCCCCACCAGGCCUUCUUCUCUCAGGUGCUCUUGGGGAGGAUCUCAGCUGGACACAACCAGCAGCCAGCCGGUUACCCCUGGACCGCUUUGGACAAGCACCCAGAGAGGUGAGUGCUUUGGGUUGGGGCUGUUCCCUUUGCCCUCACACUGUAGUUGGGCAGAGGAGGUCUGUCCAUGCCCAGGAGGGCACGGGGAAAAGGCUCAUUCCUCCAGCCUCAUAAACACCUCUCCCUGCACUGGUUCUCUGUGAAGGCCAGGGAUGGGGGAGGCGGGCUGCUGGGGCUGCUGGGAGUUAGAGUCCCAUGGUCGCAUAGUCACUUUGGUGGGACACCUGUCAAUGGCCUUGAGCAGUGCUUUUUUCUGGGGCGACGCAGGGGUACAUUUUGUGAAUCUAAGUUUGGCCUCAUUGAGGGGCAGUAUUUCAAUAUGAGUAGGAAAUUGAGAGUACCCCUAAACAUUUUUUAAAGAAAAAAAGCACUGGCCUUGAGACAUAUGUAAAAAGCAGUUUGCAAAUAAUUAUAAACACGCACGCAAGUCUGGCUCACCUCGUGACCUGUGGUAAUUCUGUUAAUCCUCUAGCACCCACGUCCUCUUCCUUGAAUACAAAAACGGUUCAGUGUACUCUGUGUAUCUUUAUAUCUCAUCUUCUCUGCUGAUAAACAGAACUAAUUAUUAUUCUGUUCCUCUUCCUUUUGGCACACUAGGAAAGCAUUUAUCUUAUCUUGUUUGCUGCUCUACCUCAAUGGUGCCUUUGCAUUUUUACUUCCAUGAGCAACAUUUUCUUUGGAGCCCUUAGCUGUGAUCCCUGCAUUGCAGGGGGCUGGACUAGAUGGCCUGUUGGGUCCCUUCCAGUGAUUCCAUUCUAUGGUCUUCAUGCGCUUCUCUUUCAUAGAACUGUAGCAUUGGAAGGGAUCCUGAGGGUCAUCUAUUCAAACUCCUGCAAUGGUGGCUCCCCUCGGUGGGGUGUCUGGUUGGCCAUUGUGGAAAACAGGAUGUGCUGAACUAGGUGGCUCACCCUCCCUUGGACUGAUCCAGCUGUAACCAGCCUCUUAUGAGGAGGCUCUUGGCAUGGGAAAAGGAUGGCCUGCACUGCUCACCUGACCUCUCUCCAGCUGAGCCGCUGCUGCAUCUUGGGAUGGAGGGAUGAGGAUGGCGCAGUGCAAAUGCUUCAGCAAGAUUGGCUCUGCUGGCACAUUUGCACCUCGCCCCUCCCCUCCUCCUUUCCAGAAUCCAACAGCCACUCCGUUGGCAGCCCCACCAAUGUGGUAUGUCAAUGAAAAAGUGCUGCCGUUUCACCAGCUCAUGAAUGUGAAAAAAGAGCGGAUGUUCUCUCCGCCCACCAGCACAGGCUCAGGUGUGCUUGCUCUCGAAGGCACUCAGCAGGCCUGUCUGUGCCUUGGAAUUGUGGUAAUUAGGAUGAUUAGGAGAAUUCUAAUGACAAGGAUGUUGACGUUGUCCUCGUGGCGUCCAAAUUGCUUUGCUCACUCAAACCCACAACCUUGUCAAACGGGUCCCUGUUGUUUCUGCGGCACAGCUCAGAAGGGAUCUGAACCCACCAGCAUUGCCCACUCUCUCAGGGUGCCCCACAUGCGGCUUAUAUGGGGGGAGGGAGAUUGUGAGGGCUCCUGAGGAGCAGGGUGGUCCCAGGGCAGGUUUGCUGCGCAGCCUCCAAGCAGCGGCCUUAGAUCCAGGCUCUUGGUCCCUCUAGCUCAGCGCUGUCCACUUUUCUCUUUUCAUUGACUGCAUUUCUGUGCCACCUCUUUCUCCCAGGUGCCACACGUGGUUCUCCCCCCCCCCCCGUUAAUCUCCCACAACAACCCUGUGAGGUAGGUUAGGCUGGGAGCAGCGUUGGACUUUGGGCUCUCAAAUUUCAGCAGCGUCAUUCGUGAUGCCAACAUCUGAUACCCCUCCACUUCUUGCCUUCCAUUCUGCCCCAUAGGCUCUGCGCCCACUGCAGCCGAAGCGACACACACUCCCCUAAAUCUGCCUCUGCUGAGAGGUGGUGGCUGGCCCACGCUCACCCUGGGAGCCCCACGGCCGAGUGGGGACUAGAACCCCAGUAAGGUAAAGGGAAAAUAAUAAUAAUAAUAUUCCUCUUCAACCAGGCCUUGGAAACAUUCCCCUUCAGUUUGAGGACUUUCAACUGUUAUAUUGUUAAUAUAAUAAAUAGAAUAUAAUUAAUGCAACGAAACAUUAAUAGGAGGGGCGAUGGGUGCAAAGGGGUGUCCAGUGGAACUGAGGCAGAUGGGGGGGCGUGGCAGUGGUCCCUCUGGAGGGGAAAGGCCCUCUCCUGGAAAAGACAUUUAGGCUGCUUUGUUGAGAGCAGGUUGGUUGGAAGAGCAGAGGGGGCUCUAGGAAGUGCCCCGAUGUGGGGCAAGUGGGGUGGCGGCAGGCCCCUUGCACCUGGGCCGGGGAAGGGGCCUUGGGGGCCGGGCCCCCUCCCUUCCCUGCCGCGCUCCGCCGUUCUCUCUCCCGCCCGCGGCAACGGGAAGGAGGCGGGCGGGCGGGCGCCUCCGCCCGGGGUGGCGCCCGCAGAGCCCAGGCGCCCCAGGCAGUAAGUGGGGAUUUCCCUGGGGGCUCCUCUUCCCCCCUGGAUCAAGGGGGCUUCCGGGAUCCCCCUUCCUUUCCUCUCUGCCCGCCCUCGGGCGUCCCCGCGCCCCGCGGGUGCCAACUGCUGGGCUCGCCUUCAACCGCCAGGAAGCGCCCGGGAUGCUUGCGCUGCGCGCCCUACAUUGCGGGGGGAUGGACGGGGCGAGCCGGAGCCGGGAGAAGCCGCUCGCCAGCUGCCCGAGGGAGGCUGGCUAACCAUUAACCCGCCGGGCAAGCAGGGAGGCCGGGCGGGCGGGCCGAGGCGGGUCCUGGAGGGGGCGGGCGGCUGGCCCGGCUCGGAGUCCUCACCUGCCGGGCGAGAGGCCAGGCGCGCCCAGAGGGAGGCGGCCGGGCGCGCUGACUGCUCCGCUUCUAGACGCGCGAGGUGGCUGGGUGGAGGCGGGUGAGGCAUCUGCGGGAAGGAGUAGGGGGACCCGCUUUCCGGGGAGGGGGCAGCUAUCCCGUCUGCCCGAGGUGGGGGUGAGUGUGGAGGCAACUUCUCCCCCUGGGACGCCCCCUCUUUGCAUCUGCUUAAAAGAGCAUUUAUUUAGUCCCAUGAACUGGAGAGCCAUCUCUGCAAGGCGCACCUGAAGAGCGACCCCUGGAGCGAGAUCAGGCCCUCGGGGCUUGACGUGCUCUUCGCCCUUCCGGCAUUUUAUCUAUUCUGAUAUUUCCCCCUCAAUGUUCGUUGUAUUCCAACUGCCAAAAAAGAGUUGAUGUUGAGAAGGCGUUUUUCAAAUGUAGGGUUGAAAAAACGGUGGCUGAACACCAACAGGAGAGCCAAUUUGGUUUCUGCCCUGCUCUGGCAGCAGAGCCAAAGAGUCCUAGCUGGACCUUCUCCCCCCCAAAAAACUACUCCAUCCUCACUCUGCUCCCUUUAGAGUUCAGGGAGGAUGCAGAAUCUAACUGCCAGACCACAUCACUGAGCCCAAGACCCCCCUCCCUUAACCAGAGUAGCCUCUUACUUUUACUGCUUCUCUUCCACAGGAUCCGGCCCCCCAGAGCCAAGAGGCCUGGUGA